GAUAGGCGAGGCCACAAACUUUGAUGUAACUGACAAACAUAUUGAGACAGAUUUAUGCAAAAGAGAUAUAAGUUCCAUGGCAGCUAAGGGCAAUACGGAUGAAAAUGAAAGGAUGUCUGUCCUGUUGUCCAGGCUACUGGACAGAAAAGUUAUUGGUACACCGGAAGUGGUGGACAUCAAAAGAAGGAUAUGGCCAAUACAGGAAUAUAUCGGAAAUUCUAGCAAUGAAUUUGAGGAUUUAACAUAUGGCGGAAGUCAACCCGAAGGUAUCGUCAUGCAAGGCACGGAUCUGGACAUAUUGCGAACAGACAAAAAUGUUGUGGUGCUGUAUCGAGGACAAGAGAUCCCCCGGGACUGUGAACACAAAACAAUACUGUAUAUGAAGGAAGCUGGUUGUCGAUCUGGCUAUGCAACUUUACAGCUUGGCAAUUUCGGUGAAAUGGUCACUGAAAAGUUAUCAAAGUCUCUUGUUUCUUUUGAUGGUGAACUCUAUGUUUCAAGUGACAUUUACAGAGAACAAAAUGUCAAGAUAUUCACUGAAACUACAGGAAUGAAAGCAGAAUCCCAUGGACCAAGUAGUAUAUUGAGCGAAAUGCCAUUUCCAACAGACCACGUAUAUAGCUUUAGAUGUAACAGCUUUCCUGAAGGGGCCAACGAAUGGAUAAAUCGUACAAGACUGUAUGGUUGGCCAUCACAAUCACUGACAGACAAAAUCGUUAACGGUGGCUGCCAUCUUGUUCCAGUUGGAGACACCUGCUCUGGAGACACCUUAUUACAAUGGAGGGUAUCACUUAUAACAGCAGAGAGACAAUUAGUCCACUCCCUUAAUCACACACAAUUUCAAGUAUACUGUUUGUUGAAAUAUUUCCUGAAACAAAUUCAAGAUUCGAUAGAGAAAAUGACAAGUGACCGGGACAUUCUGUGUUCCUAUUUCAUGAAAACUUUGACAUUUUUCGCUGUGGAAAACACCCAUCCAAUGUUUUGGCAGGAAAAAAACCUAUUUUACUGUUUCUGGUUUUGUUUCAAUAUGUUGAUAUCUUGGGUUAGAUUGGGUCAUUGCCCGAACUACUUUUUCAAGGCUAACAACAUGUUUGAGAAAAAAGUUCACGGGCAGAAUCAACAAAAGUUGCUCCAAAUUCUAGAUCAUUGUCAAAAACUGAAAUGGAUGAGUUUAGCAGUUGGAACAUAUUUUGAUCCAUCAAUAAUGGAAUACCUAAGGUAUGCCAGAGUUCAAGCUGAACUAGGAAGACCCCAAACUCUAGCAAAAAUUGAACAUGACAAGGACAUAGAAAUACUAGAUGGUCUCAAGUGGUGCCGGAGGAUGUUCCUAUACAGAAAUUCAUUGGUUAGUCCGAUGUCUUCAAUGUUGAAAUCACAAACAGAAGUAGAUGACCUUAUCACUUACUAUAGUACGGUUUGUACACUUUUAACAGUAGCUGUAGAAUCAUAUCCAAACCCUGAAACAUCUACUGGAAACAAGACUAGAUACAAGAGUCUGAAGAAGUGUCGGCAGUGGCUGAUACCAGCGUCCUCAUUUGGCACAGAGUUAUUAUAUUUAGCAACUUUUCAUUUUAAAACGGGAAAUUACAAAAAAGCUUUAGAGAUCUGCAAUGGGAUAUUGUUAUUAAAGACGUUUGAUAUUGAUGACGAAACACGAAUACCUCCGGAGAAACAGGAAAUGCAUGCGCACGCAUUCUGUGGUCAAGGAUACACUUUAGUGGACAGGAUAAGGAAAAUAUUUACAUGCAACCUCUUUUUUAAGGAUAGACAUUUUUGCCUCCAUCACUUCGAACCAGAACUGUCGAAAUGCAGUCGUGGCUUGUACAUCCCUUCACUGCCCUACGCUGUGUUUCUGUCUUUUUUGUGCUUCCACGAACUGGAAGACAGGACCGGAUGUGACGCGGCAUUACAUAACCUGAUAAUGGUCAAGUAUGAUGACCAACAAGGAGGACACAGACACUGGAUAGUCCACACACUUCUAGGAAUCUGUUACCAAACACUAGGUGACACUCAAAGAGCAAAAAGGGCUUAUUUGGAAUCUCAUCAAACGAGAACAUUUUUUCAUGAAUUGAAUCCUGCCUUGGAGCGAAUUGAAUCAUUACGAUCUGACUGAGGAUAGCAUUAUAAUAACUUCUGCUAUGACCCAGAUUGUACUUUAGACUGAGAUCUACUUUGACCUGCAUCAGCUUUGUUGUGCUGUAUUAAUACAAAUGAUUAAUAUCACUUUGUAUUAUCAAUGUAAUGACGCCACGGAGGGAGAAGCAGACUGUGAUGUUGGAGAUAACACUGUACAUGUUUAGUCACAUCCUCGAUACUACAGGGGUGACACUUUUGCUCUGUUCACCCCUGAAAUAUGUCACGGCAAAAUUGAAAGUUCCAUGUUGGACAUCUUGUGGACAAGACCAAAAGACUAGUUUGAUUCUUUGAGGUGCAUCAAACGAAUCUCGAGGUCACAUAACGGUAUAUUGUAAUAGCUUUGAAGGUGGGUGUCGCUCCUUUGUAGUGUUCAAAAGGAGCAUAUCAGCCGGUGAUUGGUUAAGUUUUUUCUCCUGGAACCAAUCAAAUUACUUUGCUCGUGCCUUUAAUUUUGCCAAGACAUAUUCCAGGAAUGCACAGAGCGAAAGUGAUCGAAACCCCUGGAGUAUUGAGAAUGGUGUAGCCACUGAGAUGCUUGUUAAUAUAAAAUGCUAUUAAAGUUGUUGAUCAAA